CCGGGGCGGGAGGGCGGUGCGCAGGCAGCUUCGUGAAGGCUGCGAGUGGAGUCGUUGUUCUUCUGUGUUCACUGCCGACACCACUACUUGACAAUGCAGAUCUUUGUGAAGACCUUGACUGGUAAGACCAUCACCCUGGAGGUGGAGCCCAGUGACACCAUCGAGAACGUCAAGGGGAAGAUCCAAGAAAAAGAGGGCAUUCCUCCAGACCAGCAGAGGUUGAUCUUUGCCGGGAAACAGCUGGAGGAUGGGCGCACCCUGUCUGACUACAACAUCCAGAAAGAAUCCACUCUGCACCUGGUCCUCCGCCUCCGAGGUGGGAUGCAGAUCUUCGUGAAGACCUUGACUGGUAAGACCAUCACCCUGGAGGUGGAGCCCAGUGACACCAUCGAGAACGUCAAGGCGAAGAUCCAAGACAAGGAGGGCAUCCCCCCAGACCAGCAGAGGUUGAUCUUUGCCGGGAAACAGCUGGAAGAUGGGCGCACCCUGUCUGACUACAACAUCCAGAAAGAAUCCACUCUGCAUUUGGUCCUGCGCUUGAAGGGAGGUGUCUAAGUUCUCCCUUUUAAGCUUUUGACAAGUUUCAUUGCACUUUUCUUUCAAUAAAGUUGUUGGCAUUCUCAAA